AUGACCAUUCAGGAGGGUCGUAACGCGAAACAACCCACCAGCCACAGCAUCGGUUCCGGAAGCCACCUUGCCACCUCUACCAGCACAACCAACAACACCAGCAGGAGCAAUGGAGUACUCAGCGCCUUCUUCGGAUCACUCACGGCCGGAGCUUCCGCCGCCAGAAGUGCCUCCCACCACCAUCACCAUCAACCAAGUUCCGAACAGCAGGAACCGAUUCCAACUCCUCCGCAGCACCAACAACCCGCCAUCGCAGUACCGGUUGUGGAAGAAGCGGAGGCGGCGGCGGUGGCCAUGGUCGGGGUGGCCUCGGACAACAACAACCAGCAGCCGUUCCGGGGGGAGCGCCCGCUGCAGAACGGCUGCGAGGACAAGUGGAGCUGGAGCAAGCGGGACCGCUCGAAGGAGGUGUGGCUGAGCGGGGCCAACAACCGGACGGUGCACUUCCACCCCAACUGGAGCAAGGGUACGGCCGGAAUCCGAGGCACGCGGGUGCUCAACAACGGCCGCUACUACUGGGAGCUGAGCGUGUCGCAGCGGGUGUUUGGGACGAGCAUGAUGUUCGGCAUCGGCACCAAGAAGGCCCGGCUGCACGUGAACGCCUUCACGAACCUGCUCGGCGAGGACAAGAACGGCUGGGGCCUGUCGCACAAGGGGCUGCUGUGGCACGGCGGCAUCGCCCGGAACUACACCAAGCGCUUCAAGGAGAACCAGGCGACCCGGAUUGGCAUCCUGUUUGACGGCGUCGCCGGCACGCUGACGUACUACAAGGACGACGUCUGCCUCGGGAUCGCGUUCCGGGGGUUGAACGAGAUUCGGGAACCGCUGUAUCCGGUGGUUUGCUCGACGGCGGCCAAAACCGAGAUGGUGCUGACGGAGUCACGGCGGGACUUUGUCAACCUGCAGGACCGCUGCCGGGCCGUAAUCAUCAAGCACAUCAAGACGCGCGAGAAGCUGGACCGGUUGAACCUUCCGUACUGUAUCACCAACUACCUGGCGGAGGCCCUGUCCGAUUGUACCACGCCGGUGACGCCCCUGGAGCAACAGCUGAUCGAUUACUAUCUGUUCUAGGACAUGGCCGAAGUUCGGGGGUCGUACGACUAUCAGUGGGUUUGCAACAACCCGGUGUCGUGGGUGUAGAGCGAUUGUUUGUUAUUUUGGUAGUCCAAUUCUUAGUUGCCACACCACGGGCGUGGUGGAGUUCUUCUUUCUGUUGAUACUCAAUUUCUGAGCGACCGUACUGAGGGUUUUGCGCGAUUGCAGGGCCCGGAAUAGUUGGAUAGUAUUUAUUAAUUAUACUUUUUAAUUAUUUAUUUGUUACCUCAAUUGGAUUUUCCACUAACAACCUGUAGAUGUAUUUAUUUAUUUAUAAAUGACAAUAUUGUUUUAAAGCUUUUUCCAAAACGUAUCUCAUAAGAAGAAAUAAAAAAAAAAAAAUAUUUAAAAGUCAGAAAUUUGUUGUUUACAGAGCUGGUGGAUUGCGGAUUGAUUUUGAUUUCGAUCGAGAAUUUAAAUCUAAACAUGUUGUUAAACUUUCCAACAUGACAUAAACAAAACUUCGAGGCACCUGAACUUUGAUCGCGAGAGAUAACAAAAUAUCAAAAUUACGAUGAAGAGCGAUGAAGGCAAUUGAAUGCUCAUUACUCACUGUCGAUUCGAUUCGACCAUGAAUCUAAUACAACUCAUUUUGUUGUUCAAAGAACUCACUAGUGAUUUGGAAGAGCAGAAGCUGAGCCAGAAAUUCUUAUUUCUGAAUAAAAUGGCGGCUGAUCAUUUGACAGAUUGAAAUAGUCAAAAUAAAUGCUGAAAAGUUCUAAUUUCCUCGAUUUUUUCAGCACUCAUCGUGUUAUCCAACUCGGUGAACCUCGUUGGAUAAAUGUACGACUCGAGCUGAAAAAAUCUUCUUUUUGCAACUUGUUGCAUAAACUACUAUUUUGCAAUUCCGUCGUGAAACUACUUACUUUUCCUGUCAUUCUUGAACGACGAAAUAGCCUACUUUUCUGUACCAAAAAUAACAGAAUCAAAUAGCAACACUUUUCAAAAUAAAUGCUGAAAAGUUCUACUUUUCAGCACUCAAAUGGGUGCUGAAAAGUUGAACUUUUCAGCACUUGUUUCGAAAUAGUAGUUUAUGCAACAAGUUGCAAAAAGAAGAUUUUUUUAGCACGAGUUGUACAUUUGUCCAACGAGGUUUACCGAGUUGAAUAAAUACGACGAGUGCUGAAAAAAUCAAGUUUUGCAACGAGUUACUUACAACAUUUUUUGCAAUUCUGAAAAACGCUUCUUUAGUGGAAUUUUAUGUCAAACAUUCAUCAAAAAAAUCAAAUCAAAUUAUUCGCUCUACAGCUUUGCCUUGGCGUUCUCGAUUGCGAGAUUCCUACUCGAAACAAGGUGUCCGAAGGUUUGAUUGUUGAGGCAAUUGCAAACCUCUUUUUACACCUUAGCUUCCAUCCACCCCGGGAUUCUAACUGACGACCUUUGGAUUGUGAGUCCACCUGCCUACCAGCGAAUCCACCGAGGCAGGACCCAGGGAGACGACUCCUACUCCUGGACUGAGCUAACGACCUAACACCUCUAGGUUAGACCGGGACCAACAUUUACUUCCCCAUCCGACGGAAGGCGUGAUCAGACAAAUCUCGUCUCAAAAUUUGCCACCGGGACCUUCUGGGAUCGAACCCAGGCCGACUGGGUGAGAGGCAAUCACGCUUACCCCUACACCACGGUCCCGGCAACACAUUCAUGUGUUUAGUAAAUUCAUCGUUCAAAACAAAAAAAUAUUGAAAAAUUUUACUUUUCGAUACAAGUGUUGAAAAGUUCAACUUUUCAGCACCCGUUUUAGUGCUGAAAAGUAGAACUUUUCAGCACUAUUAUUGAAAGGUAUUAAUUUUCCAUUCUGUUAUUUUUGAUAGGGAAAAGUAGGCCGUUUCGUUUCUCGAGAAGGACAGGAAAAGUUGACGGUUUCACAGUGGAAUUGCAAAAAGUUCUUUUUUGCAAUUCCGUUGUGAAACUUUUAACUUUUCCUGUCAUUUGAGAGAAACGAAACGGCCUCCAUACCAAUAAACCCGUGUUGAAUUCAGGAUUGUUUUGAUUGUUGAAAAAUGUUUCCUUACAGCACUGUUUUGAAUGCGUGUGGUUCAAUGUUUUUCUAAACUUAUUUACUUAAAAACUCACACUCAUUAAAUUUACCUUUGUACCAAAAUUAAUGGAGUCGUCGGCUUCCUUCAAAAAGUUAAAAAUCUUUUGCUCAGUGAGUUUUUUAGACUUUUUCGAGCGAGCCAACAUUUUUUGUCCGUGGCUUGAACGUGAUUCUACAGCGCCUUCGAUUUUCCGGAAUUUCCAUAGACAGGACAGAAACUCCUUCUUCAAAUCUUGGAAAAAAACAACUUGACUUGACGGAGGUUAGAAAAAAUAUAUAACAGAACAAACUAUUUCAGAAUUAACAGGUUACUGAGGCCUAUUGCUGAAAAAAUCUUCUUUUUGCACCUUGUUGAAAAACUAUUAUUUCAGCAUCCCAUUCAGAGCUGUAUAGUACAACUUUUCAACACUUUUAUUAAAACUUAACAACUAAUUGGAUAAAUGUAUGACUUCUUUGUUGUGGAACAACAUACUUUUCCUGCCAUUCUGAACUAUUCUGAAGUGACAAAAUGGCUUGAUUAAAUAUCGCAAAAAAAAAGUACUGAAAGCUUCAUUGUGCAACUCACCGGAGUUGUAAGAACUUCAACUUUUCACAACGUCAUGAAGCGCAAAACAACAAUGCUGAAAAGUAGACCACUAUGAAACGUUGUCAAGGCAUCGGAAACUCGUGACAUUUCACUAAUCACAAUCUAUUGGGUCAAAAAAAAAACUGGUGCGUUGACGUUUCGUAAGAUGCCGACAUAAUGCAUAAAAUAAGGUAAUCUCACUGAGAAAUCAUAUUCUAAAGCUGUUUUCGGAGCUGUGUAAAAAAGCAAAAAUCAGCCCAUUUUGACCAAUCAGGGUGCACGGAAGCAGGUCCAUGGCCAAAACAGGAUAAGGUUCACUGAAACCAGCGAAAAACUUGCUAUAGCUCAGCUUGAAGAAAAUUUAUCUGGAAUCACAAAUUUGUUUUCCCUGGAACGGAAAACUAGACCAGUGGUUUUUUGCAUUGGAUAAGUGUUUUUUUUUUCGCUAGCUCUUAGUUAAACAGAACUGUUUAUUCUAUUGCCAGUUAAGCAGAAAAUUCCGCUGUAAUGAUCGAGAUUUUCGCUAACUGAGAUAAGGUCAUCUCCACCGCGGUGUUCAAAGUGGGUUGCUAAAUAAAAAUCAAUCGAAGAUGCCUCCAAGCGCUGUAAACAACAAUUUUCACAAUUUUCACUAGCGCCAAUCCAGCGUCGCGCUUGGGGCAAGGACCCUCCGUCAAGACGCUGUAGUGGCCUAAGCUACGAGUGAAAUUCUAGUCAUUCCGUGGGCAAGAGUCUUGCCCACACAAACACGCACUCACACUGCAGUCAGCAGGGUGAGGGCAUAUAGUCUAGUCACCAAACAAAACCCGAUAGGAUCUAAUGUGUAGUCGCAAAGGAUGGGGUUACGCGCGUGUAUAUUAGUCGUAUGUGUGUAGGGGCAGUUUGGUAUGAUGCAAACAGAGGAAAGGGCUAGAGUUAGAGUGUUUCACGCGACGCUAUUGAGUUUUAUAUGACAGCUGAGUGUGUACAUAAAUGUAGGCAACCCGCAAGGCUUAAGGUGGGAUGACACCCCGUUUGAAAGGACGAAGAUAUCGCGAGAAUGAUUGGCGUUUGAUUUCGAACUUGUUUGUUUGCUAUAGGUUGCUUGUGCAGCUUUUCACUAAUUGUCAACGAGCAUGACUACGGAGAUGGUGACAAACGAGUGUGACGUGCUGAGGUAUGAUUGACAGAAAGAGAAGAAGAGUGAUUCAUGGAAUGUUUGUUCAGGAGAGAUAGCGAAAUAUUUUUAGGUGUGAUGACAUUUAGGCUACUUUGGAUGCAAUUUUUUCGGAACGUUAUUUUUAUGUUUCAAAAUUAAUGGAGUCGAUUGCCACUGACGUCACGAGGUCAAACUUUGACGUUGGGGGCAACGCAAAUCGAUCUCCAGCAGAGCACAAACCGUAAACUACAAUCGGCAAAAUUCGACUAAAUUCAAAAUUUGCUUAGACUUAGGUAAGAUAUGUUUUCUAGGAAAGAUACGAACGUAAAGAAUGUGUAAAACUUAGUGGUUAAGAGCGUAUGCUGAUAGUGAAAGAAACUGUUGGUCUGUAAGGUAGAUUGUAAGAGCGAGAUGCAGAAACCCUGGAUCUGAACAUUCCGAUACGAAAAGCUGUUAAUUUUGUAAUAAAAUCGUCAAACCAAAAUACUCCGUUAUGCUUAGACUGUGAAUCAAACUAGUCAUACAACAUACUCCCACGUUCUUCUAACUUAUGUUAAAUCUCAAAAUAUUAGGCUUCAUUUUCUGUGAUGCCUCUACGAUUGAAGUCCCGUAAAAUUACGUGGUACAUUCCUCGAGGCUUUUUAUUCACCCGAUGCGCACAUUUGUUUGAAAUUGAUACUCUAUUUUGAGAAGAAACGUGAAAAUCGGUCCCAGCAAAACCGAGUGCCAUAUUUAGUAACUAUAGAACGAACCACUUUCGUCAGUUCUACUUUUUGUCAACUGAAUGUAAUAGCGAAAGACUACAGUCAAAUAGAUGUGAAUUUUAGAACUUAUUAUGGAUUUUUUUUAAUCGAAAACUAUCGAAAACGAACGAUUCAAUCAGAUCUAAUUCAAACUGCAACUAAUGAAGUAUUACUUUUUGCUUGGCCAUAAAAAAAAAUAAUUUCACAUCUGUUUGACAGUGGAAAAAACUGUAUCAUAAAAAAAAAACUGAAACGAAGAAGAAAUUAGAACAUUCUACGAAUUGAUGUCUAAGAAUUAACCUACUCAGCUAAACGCUAAACACUUAAAAAUCUAUAGACAAAAAGAACUGUACAUUUUUCGCAAGCGAACAACAAAACGUUUCUUCUUUCUAAUGUUUGAAAGCUAUGGUGGACGAACACGAUACUUUUAGUUUACAAUUAUAUAUGUGCGAAGAUAGCUUAUCGCUUCCGCAGCAAAAACCAGUGGGCCGUAGAGCGUGCAAUACAAGAAAGGAUACAAACGACACAAGAACGAACUAACGUUUGUGAAUAGUUUUGAUCAAGAUUUUGAUGCGGUGUGAACAGAAGUUGACUAAAUUUAAACCAAACAAAAAAAAAUCAUGGCUGAACUUUGUAGUUUUAAGUAAAUAAAUUUACUCUUGUCGUGAUCUAAGAAAGGACAUUCACAACUGAAACGAGUUACUAAAGU